AACUAGACUUAUUCCCAUGUCUGGAGAAAACUGAAAAAUCUCUACAAAAGCCUGCACACGGCUUUUUGUUUUCUUCUCCCUCCCUCCCUAUUCUCAUAAGCUGUCAUACACUCAGCUGGUUGGGAAAAAGUUAAACACUAAAGGAAAUCCAAAAAAAAUCAUUACGCACCUUAACAAAUAUCAAAGUGGGGUUUUUAAUUAAAUAUUACCAACAUAAAAGUUUUUAUCGUACGCAAAAUAUAAAAAGAAAAACACAACUUUUCUUUCUGUCACACAGAAAAAUUCCAAACAUUUAAGAUAUUUUCAUAUUGUGAAAUUUAUAAAUAAACUGUUUUUCCUACCAUCCUUAUUAAUUACCAUUGGUUUUCGGUAAAGAUUUGCUAAAUUUUGCAGAAAAUAAGCUUCUCCUGUUUGUGUAACAUUCUUAGAUAUAUUUUUUUAAUUUGUUUUGUGUUUUAAAACACCAUUAAUUCCUUCACUUUAAAUUAGCUGAAAUUUUAAAGAGAAACAACAAAGACAGAGCCAGACCGUUAGCAGCAGCCUAUAGUCAUGCCCCGCGGUAAACGUCGUUCCAAUCACGAUAUGGGUGAAGAUGAUCGUCAAACUUCGAAAAGACAACGUAAUUCAUAUACGACAGCAACAGCACAAAAUACAAGCAGACGUCAUAUAAAAGCCGAAGAUUCUUUCAGUCAUAAAAGAUGUUUAGCAUGGUUUAGAGAAUAUACAAAUCCCGAUGAGCCAGAUACACUGGGUCCCGAUGGCAUGGAAAAAUUUUGUGAGGAUAUUGGUGUCGAGCCCGAAAAUGUUGUAAUGUUGGUAUUGGCUUAUAAAAUGGGUGCCACACAAAUGGGUUUCUUUAGUCAGUAUGAAUGGUUAAAAGGUUUAACCGAAUUAGAAUGUGAUUCUGCACUUAAAAUGCAAUCAAAAUUGGAUUAUUUAAAAAGUAUAUUAAAUGAUGCCAACAUAUUUAAAAGUAUAUAUCGUUAUGCAUAUGAUUUUGCAAAGGAUUCCGAUCAGCGUAGUAUGGAUAUAAAUACAGCAAAGGCUAUGCUACAACUAUUACUAGGUAAACAUUGGCCUUUGUAUCCGCAGUUUGCACAAUUCCUAGAUCAAUCAAAGUACAAAGUCAUAAACAAGGAUCAGUGGUGUAAUAUAUUGGAAUUUUCACGCACCAUUAAUAAUGAUUUAACAAAUUACGAUAUCGAUGGAGCAUGGCCUGUUAUGUUGGACGAAUUUGUUGAAUGGUUACGACAGCAACGCCAAUGUACGAGCACAACAUCGAGCUGAAAUUUUUGGUAUAACCCUUAUUACCAUCAUCAUCAAUACCAACCACAACCACCACCACCAUACUAAAAUUAGUAGCAGCUUUUCUCUUUUUACUUAUAUAUGUAUGUUUUUAAACUUUUUUUCUAUUGAUUUGUUUGAUUUCACCUCCCAUUUAUCCUUAAAUCAGAGAAACAACACAUAACAAAUCCAUUCUAAUUAUAAAUGGUUCCAAACAAAAAUUAUUUCUAAUAAUUAACUUCUUGAAAGUAAAAACAAACAAAAGAAAAAUAGUAAAGAAACAAAUAUUUGUAAUAAUAAAUUAAACAAAAUUAUCAAGCGGAAAAUUUGUCCUUUAAGAAUUCCAUUAAACAAAAAUAAAUUAUUGCAAACAAUAAAAAAAAAACAAAACAAACAAAUAUCAGGGGCUUCUUUUAAAGUUUAAAAAGCCCACACACUCAAACCUCCGCGGCUGGUAAAUAAAGGUCGCCGUCGUCAUGAAGUCAGUUAAGUCAUUUGUGUAUGGAUUUGAUCAGCAUCAAACAUAACGUCACGUUAUUUUGGUUAAGUUACUUUAUAAAAUACUAUUGUAGUAAUAUAAAUAAAAAUUGUCAUUCGAGUGAAAGAUAUGAUGUGUGAAAAUAUUUAAUAACAAUAAUUAUAAUAAUAAUAAAAAAGCAAAACAAACAAGUAUUAAACAA